CAUCCAUCAUCAUCACAAAAUGUCCUUCUUCUUCCCUACAGACUUUGGACCAGAAUAUAAGGCCACAAACAUCUGGAUGAGACAUGGGGCCGUCCUGUGCAGCUCGCUGGGCCUCAUUCUCCUCGCCACACGCCAUAUCCACCCAUACACAAUUCUGUUCCUUGUCCCCGUCAUUUGGUCAUUUAUUGAUUACACCCUCCACCUAAGAGAAAUUAAAAUUAACCCAAUCGUAAACCUCGCCUGUGAUCUUCUCUCGACAAUAUCCCUAGUCUGGAAUAUUCCGUUUGCGGUCUUUGCGGGGCUGUGGAAUUUGAGUUGCGUCACGAUUAUUAUGGCGAUUUUGUUUGCGGGUGCUGCGUCCUUCCAUGCGUGUUUAUUCUGGCGUGCGCGGAUGCAGGUUUGGGGAGAAUCGGAGGCUAUUCACCUUCCGCUUUAGGAUAUUUGAUUGCGUAUCUUGGAGCACAUUUAGAUGGUAACCAUGUACAUGCAGUAUGAUAUAGAAUGGACUACAUCUUUGCCGAUAUCCUCACUGGUGUCUCUAGAUAAGCAGGUGGCAAAACACCCUCCAGCUCUGCCUUGAUCUGCAAUGCCAACGUCCUCGAAUGCCACCGAUGCAGUUGUGUAUGACCACCCAUAACCCAGAAGUUGUCCAGAUCUGAUUGACGCUUCCACAUGCCUCU